AUGGGGUCCCACCGGCAAUGGUCUCCUGCCAACCCCCGCGUGGGGUCCCACCGGCAACGGUCUCCUGCCAACCCCCUUGUGGGGUCAUGCCGGCAACGGUCUCCUGCCAACCCCCCCAUGGGGUCCCGCUGGCAAUGGUCUCCUGCCAACCCCACCGUGGGGUCCCACCGGCAACGGUCUCCUGCCAACCCCCGCGUGGGGUCCCACCGGCAACGGUCUCCUGCCAACCCCCACAUGGGGUCCCGCCGGCAACGGUCUCCUGCCAACUCCCCGGGGUCCCACAGGCAACAGUCUCCUGCCAACUCCACCGGGUCUCAUCAGCAACGGUCUCCUGCCAACCCCCCGGGGUCCUGCCGGCAACGGUCUCCUCCCAACCCCCCUGGGUCCCGCCGGCAACGGUCUCCUGCCAACUCCCAUGGGUUUUACCGGCAACAGUCUCCUGCCAACCCUCCUGAGGGGUCCUGCUGGCAACGGUCUCCUGCCAACCCCCCCAUGGGGUCCCGCCGGCAACGGUCUCCUGCUAACUUCCCGGGGUCCCACAGGCAACGGUCUCCUGCCAACUCCGCCGGGUCUCAUCAGCAACGGUCUCCUGCCAACCCCCCGGGGUCCUGCCAGCAACGGUCUCCUGCAAACCCCCCUGGGUCCCGCCAGCAACGGUCUCCUGCCAACUCCCAUGGGUUUUACCGGCAACAGUCUCCUGCCAACCCUCCUGAGGGGUCCUGCCGGCAACGGGCUUAUGUCAACCCCCCCGUGGGGUCCCGCUGCCACCGGUCCACAGUCCGGCCUCCUGCCAAGCCUCCAGAGGGGUCCUGCCAGCAGUGGUCUCCUGUCAACCCUCCCGUGGGGUCCUGCUGGCGCCCGUCCCUGGUCCGGCCUCCUGCCAGGCAUCCAGAGUGGUCCCGCCGCCAACGGCCUCCUGCCUAG